UGUGCAAAAUCAUUUUCUGCUAAAGCACCUUUAUAUCACAUGUUGAAUGUGUACAUCUUUAAGUUUGUCACGUACGUCCUGCCAAAAUCUCCCCACCUUCCUUCCUAAUAUUGCUUAUAAACCAGCAUCACAUGCAUAACAAACAUAACUAAUCCCAAUCAAUAAUCAAACACAAAUCCCUGUUAAUUUCCUUCUUCUUCUCAUCAAUGGAUCUUCAACCAUGUCUAGAACAGCAACAACAAUCCCAUGCAAAUGAUUCAACACCAAAUGGAAAACCAUAUUGUAAUUCAAUACAACAUCCGGUGCACAAAACCUUAGCCACAGCCGCCAAUCUUGCAAACCUUCUGCCAACAGGAACAGUCCUAGCAUUUCGAACUCUCACCCCUUCAUUUUCCAACAAAGGAAGAUGCCAACCUUCCAACAAGUAUCUCACUGCAUUUCUUAUCGGAUUCUGCACGGUUAUCUGCUUUUUUUCCUCAUUUACUGAUAGCUUCUUUGAUAAACAUGACGGGAAGUUGUACUAUGGGAUUGCAACUUUCAAGGGCUUGUACGUUUUCAACAAUGAAUGUCGUGAUCAUGAUGAGAAAUCAGAGGGAGAAGACAUGAAGGAAUUGUCUAAGAUCAAAUAUGGAUGCUUUGUUCAUGAAUUUGCCUUUGGGAGCUGCGAUUUUCUCAAGCUUUUUGUUCACUAUCUUUCCUACAAUUCGUAGAGGUAUUGGAUAUGCUGAUUUGCCUACCCGUGCAAAAUAAGAAAGUUUCCAUCCAAUUAGUCACUAUCCUCUUUGUAAGUGUAUAAUUUACAGAAAGAAUUCCAGGGCUUGUUUAUUAUUAGUCGCAACAAUAUAUAACGUUGAUGUAUAUACGUAAUAAACUCACAAAUUGUGAAACUUGAAUCCAAGAGCUCUAAAUCUUAUUGUUAGUAC